UGUUCAUUCUUCAAAAAGUCGAAGACACAGAGAGAUGGGUGUAAUCCACUCCCAAAUUCCUGAAGGUUCUCCACUGAGGAUUGUGAUGAUCGGUAAAACUGGAGUUGGGAAGAGUGCUGUCGGUAACACCAUCAUGGGUAAAAAGGUUUUCCAUUCUUCAGCGAGCGCACAGUCUGUGACGGAGACCUGCGAGAAAGAACGAGUCAACAGUCGCAGGAAGAUCCACGUGGUCGAUACGCCUGGGAUUCUGGAUACAACUAAAAGUACAGAACACAUAAAGAAAGAGAUUGCGAAAUGCAUCCAGGUGUCCUCUCCUGGCCCUCACGUCUUUCUGCUGGUCAUCCAGGUUGGCAGGUUCACCAAAGAAGAAUUUAACUGCGUGCAAGCCCUGGAGAAGAUCUUCGGACCGGAGGCGUCCAAGUACAUGAUCGUUCUGUUCACGCGUGGUGACGAGCUGAAGGGCAGAACUAUUCAGCAGUAUGUGCAAAACGGCCACCCGAAACUAAGAGAGGUGCUAAACAGGUGCGGUAACCGGUACCAUGUCUUCAACAACAAGCAAAGGAGGAACAGAACUCAAGUGGUGGAGCUGAUCAAGAAGAUCGAUGACAUGGUGGCGGCAAACGGUGGACAGCACUUCAGUGAGGAGAUGUAUGAGAAAGCGGAGCAGACUCUGAAGGAGCAGGGGACAGACAGAAACACAGCAGAGGAGGAGGUGAACUUCUCCUUCAUGGCUGAGCUGCUGCAGAGAGUCAUUCUGUUUCAGGCCAUACUGGCUGCUGCCACACAGGAGGACACCAGCAACAUGGGCCACUCCCUUUCCGCCCCAGUUUCCUUCUCCAACGUGAGGCCUGCUGUCUGACAGAAACAGACUCCAGUUACUUGCCUUAUUUCUGCUCAUCGGACAGAGAACAGCUCAAUGAGAUUAAAAUCCACGUGCAGAGGCCGGAGAACACUGACAGUUUUUAUUACACGUUUGAUGCCAAUGAAUUGUAGAAACUGUGAUUGUAUUUGUAAUCAAACGGUAACUCCAAUAGUUGUUCAUUGAAAGUCAUUGAUUAGUCAUGACCAUUCAGAAUCAGGAUCCAAAAUCCAAGUCUUGUACUUUUUUUCAAAGGACGAAUACAUUAGAUUUGAAUGUUUUUAUGUAGCAGAGAGGUUGAAACUUAUAUUGGUAACUUAUAUUUUAAGCUUGAUUCAUUUUACCUACUUAAGUGCCCCUCUACCAGAGUAUCUUUGCUAUGUAUGAGAGGUAUACACUGGGGCUACAGUUGGUCAGUUUUCUGCUAUUUACACUUAAUGUGGCAGUGUAUGUAAACAACCUUGGAGUCAACAAGGGUCUGUGGAGGGGUGAGGAAAUUUGGCUGAACCAAACUUUGAAAUCAAGCAGACAGAUUCAGGUUUGAGCAAACAAUGGUGGUGUAUUGUUGUCUUGUGUCAGCACUGUACAUUCCUUCAAAGCGCUGGACAUUACAUUUAUACAUUAUUAUGUUGUGGAUACGUUUAAACCCUGUACUUCUUAGGUUUAGGCCAAAAAACAACAUGGUUAUGGUUAGGAAAAGAUCCUGUUUUGCUUUCCUGGCAGGAAAAGCAGCAAUGUCUCGAUAAAGAACAACAGCUUUUCAGGCCUAAAAUGCCGCUGGAAACAGCAACAGCUCCCUACAUUACAACCAGUUUUGUUGUUUACUGGUCUUGAACAGUGGUCUGCAGCCUAGGUAUCACACCCUCCACCUGCUGAUGUCAAAGCCAGCUCAUAUAUCACUUUACAAACAUUAAUAAUAUAUGUAUAAAACAUACAAAUGUAACAUAUAUGUCGUUUGCAGAAAUGUACAAUGCCAACAUUGUGGAUGGAUUUAUGUAUUAACCAUUUAUCCAGUUAAAGCACCAAACAGUAUGUGCUUCCAGAUUUUCCAACAUGGUUUGCUGCUCUUUGUUUUUUAAAUUUUGUUCAUACUAAAGACGGUCCUUUCUUAUUGUGUUUGACAUUAAUAAAGUGCCUUUUAACAGCA